CACAUCUCUUUUUUUUUUCUCUAGUCGGUUAACAACACACCAAAGGGGAAAAAAAGAAGGAAAAAAAUCUCCCAUAAUAUUAAUAGAUUUAUCUUUCAAAUCCUUUGAGUUUUAAUCGAAAACCCUAAAUUUUGUUGAAUCCGAUCUCGGACUCUUCCAUUUUAACUCUCCCCUCCAAAUUUUUACUUGCCUCUCUCAAGAAAAUCAAGCCUCUCAUGGCCUUUAUACGAUCUUAAUCGUGGAUUUUGAGAGUAAAUUGAGUGAGGCAUGAAGCGAGAGUUGGAUUACGGAGUGGAUGGUUCACUCGGUCAAACUCGGGAGGCAGUGAUUCAGUCUCAAACUCAGGCGAGUUCUAGUAGUAGUUGUUGUAAAAGAGUUAAUAGUACUCAAGUGAAUGGUUACAUUGUGUACACUCGAGUUAAAAAGUCGAGAAUUGAUUGCCGUGUUUCUGAGAAUUUAGAUAACCAAAAGCUCAAGGACUUUAAUGAACCGAUAAAUGGUUUUAAAGUGUCUUUAAUUGAUGAGGAUCAGGAGAAUAGAAUUUUAGCUGACGCAAAUGGUGUAAACAAUAAUUUGAUUGAAAGUAGAUCGGGAAAUGGAAAUUUAGCAGGGGACAAAGUGGUAAUAGAAAAUGUGGUUGAUGAGAGCUUAGUUGUUCGAGAUAUUGUCAAAGGGGGUCCAUUUAUAGAGGCUUUGAUUGAAGAAAGCCAUACCAUUGGAGAAAAUGCCAUUGUAGGGAACCUGGUAGUUGAGGCAAUUGGAGUAGAUGGUAAGCCUGUUGUUCAAUCUUGUCAGUCUAUGGAUGAGCUUGAGACUCGUCCGGUAGAGAAAGGAGGCUUUGACAGUAGUGACGGUAAUGAUGAUGAUUUACUCCUGAAGACCCUGAGGCGGCCCAAGAAAUCACUAUGGAGACCAAAGGUUGAAGCAGAGGAAAGUUUGGGGUGCGAACAGCAGAAUGUUGAGAAUGUGUUAGUUUCAAAUUUUGGUGGAGAAGAAGCAGCUGAAGAAAGUGGAUUGACGACUCCUAGGAAGAAUUUGGAGUUGAAAAUGUCAAAAAAGAUCUCACUUAAUAAGUGCCCAAUGACUGUUAAAGAGCUCUUUGACACUGGCUUGCUUGAUGGGGUUCCGGUAGUUUACAUGGGUACAAUUAGUAGUAAGACAGCUGGUCUUCGGGGCAUCAUAACAGAUGGAGGAAUUUUGUGUUCAUGUUCCUUGUGUAAAGGGCGCAGAGUUGUUCCACCUUCCCAAUUUGAGAUUCAUGCUUGUAAACAAUACAAACGAGCAGCUCAAUAUAUCUGCUUUGAAAAUGGGAAGAGCCUGCUUGAGGUGUUGCGGGCAUGCAGGAGAGGACCUCUGCAUACAUUAGAAGCAACAAUUCAAAAUAUCAUUAGAGCUGUACCUGAGCAAAAAUGUUUCACUUGUAGAAGAUGCAAAGGUUCAUUUCCUGUAAUACAUGUUGGCCAAGUAGGACCGCUUUGCAAUUCAUGCGUGGAGUUGAAGAAAUCUCAGUUCAUCACAAUGAGUUCACCCAGUGUUGGAACCAGAUCACAAGAACCCGUUUCGAUGUUGCAGUCCUUUGGAAGUGCAUCAUUGAGUGUCUCUCCACAAAAUAGAAGUCAAAGGAAGAAAGCAAACAAGUCAUCAGAGCUCGAUUUGACAUCAAAUUCACCUCAAUGUUCUUCGUCAUCUAUUUCUUUACAAAACAGACGUCCAUGGAAGACAACAAGAAAGUUUAUUGUUGGUGCAUCAUACUUCCGUCUUGUUAUUUCCAGGUUAACGAAGCCAGGGUUAUUCACGAAGUCCUUGAAGAGCGCUUCAGUGCAUAUUUCCUCUCAAGAUAAGGGCCAUUGGAGAACAAAAAAGAAGCCAGUGAAACCAGUGUUGAUGUCAAAGAUGUUCAAAGGAGCUUCAUCACCAAUUUAUUCACCCAAUGGAAGUCAAUGGAAGAUGACAACAAAAGACCAGCGAUUGCAUAAGUUGGUAUUUGAGGAAGAUGGACUGCCUGAUGGAACUGAAGUUGCAUACUAUGCCCGUGGACAGAGAUUGCUUGAGGGUUACAAAAAGGGCUUUGGGAUAAUUUGUCGUUGUUGCAAUUGUGAGGUUAGUCCCUCACAGUUUGAAGCUCAUGCUGGUUGGGCUUCUCGUCGAAAACCCUACGCGUACAUUUACACGUCUAAUGGGGUGUCUCUGCAUGAACUGGCAAUAUCUCUCUCAAAAGGUCGUCUUUAUUCUGCCAAGGAUAAUGAUGUUGCAUGCAUCAUUUGUGCUGAUGGUGGAAAUCUUUUGCUUUGUGAUGGAUGCCCAAGGGCGUUUCAUAAAGAAUGUGCUUCUCUACCAACAAUUCCUCAUGGUCGCUGGUACUGCAAAUAUUGCCAGAACAUGUUGAUGAGAGAAAAGUGUGCAGAACAUAAUGCUAAUGCUGCUGCUGCUGGAAGGAUUUUAGGAGUUGAUGCUAUAGAGCAAAUAACCAGCAGAUGUGUACGAAUUGUGAAGAACAUCGAGACAGAACUUAGUGGAUGCUCAUUAUGCAGGGCAUGCGAUUUUAGCAAAUCAGGAUUUGGUCCUCGGACAGUUAUACUUUGUGAUCAGUGUGAGAAAGAAUAUCAUAUUGGCUGUUUGAGGACUCAUAAAAUGGCUGAUCUAAGGGAAAUACCAAAAGGGAAGUGGUUUUGCUGCUCAGAUUGCGGUAGGAUCCAUUCUACACUGCAGAAGUUGCUCAUUCAUGGAGCUGAAAGGCUCCCUGACUCCCUUUUGGAUGUAUUAAAGAAGAAAUAUGCGGAAAAAGGUUUAGAUGCUGAUAUCAAUAUUGAUGUGAGAUGGAGGCUUCUUAGCAGCAAAUUCGCUUCUCCUGAAACUAGAUUGUUGCUUUCUCAAGCAGUUGGUAUCUUCCAUGAAUGUUUCAACCCCAUAGUUGAUGCAACAACUGGGAGGGACCUUAUCCCAUGCAUGGUUUAUGGUAGGAACUUAAAGGGCCAAGAAUACGGUGGAAUGUAUUGUGCUGUAUUGACAAUUAACUCAUUCGUUGUAUCAGCUGGAAUAAUUCGAGUUUUUGGGCAAGAAAUUGCUGAAAUCCCUUUAGUUGCUACAAGCAUUGCUAACCAUGGAAAGGGUUACUUCCAGCUGUUAUUCUCUUGUAUCGAAAAGCUGUUGGCAUUCUUGAAUGUAAAAAAUAUCAUUCUCCCAGCUGCUGAAGAAGCUGAAUCAAUCUGGACAGAUAAAUUUGGUUUCAAGAAGUUAAGACCCGACCAGCUCAGUGAAUAUAGAAAAUCAUGCUGCCAGAUGGUUAUUUUCCAAGGAACUUCGAUGCUACAGAAAGAAGUUCCAAUCCAUCAACUCAUUAGUAGUAUCGAGCGCAGGGAGUUAUAUGAACAUUUGAACCAAGGAAGAUCUGAUUUUCUAGAGUAAGGAAAUGCAUUUGUUGGUGUCCUUUUUUCUUUCUUUUUUUUUUUUAAAUGUUAAAUUUAAUUUAAUUUGUGCAUGGAAUUAGAUAGGUAUUAAGGUUACAUAAGUUGUGUUAUUUUGUUUCACCUGUUAAGGUGAAGAUGAUAAAGAAGUGAACUCAAUUUGUGAACUGGAAUGAGCUUCCAGAAGUGAACCAAAUGCUGUUAAAAUAUCCAUUCCAGUUCCCUACUAUUAUGAAAUAGCCACCCACAUACGAGACUUGAAUUUUUAGCUUAA